AAAAAAAAACGUGAGAGGGGAAGAUAUAAGGGAGAGAAGGGAAGAAAAACGUCAGAUAGAGAAGUAAAGUCAACAUAGAAAAAAAGGAAGGACAUUGACUCAGCAGUUGCAGUCUGAGGGGACAAGAGGAAGAGGAAAGCUCAGUGUGCAAGUGUGUGCUGAGUUUUACAUUUUGUUGUUUUUCUCCUGCCGUGCAAUCUACUCCAUGGAGGACACACAGGUGGCCAGGACCAUAGAGCUGAAUGAUGGCUCACGAAUGCCAGUUUUGGGUCUGGGGACAUGGAAGUCCUCACAUCUUCCCCGCACCUCGGUCCAGGGUGCAGUGGAGACUGCCAUUGCGGCCGGCUAUCGCCAUAUAGACACUGCUCUCUGCUACAAAAAUGAAGUUGAUAUUGGCAAGGCUCUGCGCUCCAAAAUAGAGCAAGGCAUCAUCAGGCGCCAGGACAUGUUCAUCGUCAGUAAGCUGUGGUCUACCUUCCAUGCCCCAGAGGACAUCCCUGUGUGUCUGAAUAAGUCCCUGAAUGAUCUCCAGCUGGACUACCUGGAUCUUUACCUUGUGCAUUUUCCUGUUGGCCUACAGAAAAUUGGUGAUGAGUUCUUCCCGAAGAAGGAUGGAAAGAUUCUGACCUCUGACAUAGACUAUGUAGAUGUAUGGAGGGGAAUGGAAGCCCUGCAGGCCUCAGGGAAGGUGAAGAGUAUUGGUGUGUCCAACUUCAGCAUCCUGCAGCUGGAGAGACUCCUUGCUCUGUGCAGGGUGCCCCCUGCUGUCAAUCAGAUCGAGCUACAUCCCUACCUGGUGCAGACUGACAUGAUAGAGUUCUGUAAAUCCAAGAACAUCGCUUUAACUGCCUACAGUCCCUUCGGCUCGCCUGCCAGACCCCCAGAGCUGCUCAGAGGAGACACAGAUCCACAUAAGCUCCUGGAGGACCCAGUCGUAACAGACAUAGCCAAGAAGCACAGACGCACCACUGCACAGGUAUUACUGAGGUACCAUGUGCAGCAGGGUAUUUCAGUCAUCCCUAAGAGCGACAAGCCUCAUCACAUCCUUGAAAACACAAAGAUCUUUGACUUCAGUCUGACUGAAGAAGACAUGACAGCACUGAGAGGACUAAACCGAGGCUGGAGGACUUUGGCCCUUGACGAGACCAAGUCUCAUCCAUACUACCCGUUUGAAUAAGGCUGCCAGGAGACAAAAGAGACAGCGAACUGGAUCUUCUGAUCAAUAUCAACAAGACACAGAGCAGCUAAGUGCAGUCUACCUACAGUAUCACCCGCUGUAAUUCAUCAGUGCCUUCUUUACAUGAUGAUAAUAAUGAUGAUGUGAAAGUGAAGACAAAUCUAAGGACAAUUCAGUUUCUCAAUGUUAUGAAUGUGACAAAGAUCAGGGCACUGAUAAGCUCUGAGAAAUGAGAUGCUAAAUUUUAUAAUGUUUUCAUUUUAUGAAUAAAAUACUGUACAUUUGUGUUUA